AUGCUCGAAAUGAGAUGCUGCGGUCGAUGGUGUGGAUCGAGCCCUGGCAGUUGUGGCAGAGGCGCCCGCAAGCCGUUCGUUCUCACCGUCUCCAGGGCGCGCCGGAACCUCCCACAUUGCAGCUCGGACUCGGCCAAGGCCCACCACGGAGGAUGUUCCUGUGGCUUGCGCCUAUCAGGCGGUGAUGCCAUCUUUGACGGCCAGUCUCCAGUCUGCCCACACGGGGUCAUAUCUGUGACUCGAAUAAUUCGUACAAAGAUGAAGGACGGCCGAGGUUAUGCACAUCGUCUUAGUAUGGUCAUCAUUACAUUGCUGCAAGAAAUGAGCCCUGGUGGAACAGGUGGAACGGGGACCCUGAUGACGGCAAAGACAAUUGAGGCCUUGGUGGAUACAUAG